GGGCGUUGUCUCAUAAUUUUAGCGUAAAAUGAUACCAUUGUACAUGUGUAAUAUAAUACAGACUGCAGCUAGCAACUAGCUGCUAAAGUAUCAAGAUGGCUGAUUCACGAGUUACAGACACAACUGGCAUUGCUACUGAGCCUCGAUCCAUUCCCCUGUCCACAUUUGGAGAAAAACCACAGAAAACCCUGCAAAAUGCUGCAAGGGACAAUCGUGAGGACAUUGUUCGUCAGUGGCUGAGUAAACUGCCCAAGUACAACAAGUCGAGGAUACUGGACCAGAAGGAUACCAUGGGUUACUCAGCCAUGCUAUAUGCUGCCAAGUUCAACCGCUUCAAGAUCAUGACUCUGCUCGUCACCUCGGGAGCUAGCACUGAGUUGGCGUCUGACGAUGAUUCCAAGCUGACCCCACUCCACCUUUCUGCCCGCUACCUCCCCCGUUACCAAGAUGAGGACGCCCAGACGCAGGACCAAGAGGAGGUGGAGGUCACCGCACUCUCCUCUAGUAAACAGGCCAUGAAGUUCCUUGUCACCUUCUGCAGAGUGGACGUGAAUGUGAGAGCUCAGUAUGGUAUCUCUCCACUUCAUCUUGCCUGUCAGCGUGGGAACAUUGGGGCCGUGGAGAUACUCUUAGCCAAUGAAAACAUCGACCUCACCAUCGCCGAUGACAACAAGGACACACCUCUUCACGAGGCAGCUCUAAAUGGAUUCACAGAAAUCGUCGAGAUGAUUCUCCGCAAGAUGAAAAGUGAUGGUACUAUCAGCCUCAUGCUGCUCAACGAUGAAGACCAGACUCCCCUGCAUCUGGCCUGCAGAGAGGAUCACAUCGAGAUCGUGAAACUGAUCCUUACGUACGGGUUUGAGCAACGCAGGGAACUGGCAAGUGCUCAAGACAAUGAGUUGAACACACCUCUGCAUCUCGCCUGUGAGAGUGGGAAUGAUGAGAUUGUGCGACUUCUCCUACUCAACGGUGCCGAUCUGCUCACACCUAAAAAUGAGAAUGUUUUCCCGAUACAUAUUGCGGCCAAGUUUGGAUUUGUAAAGGUAGUCGAGACGAUGCUCAACUCAGGCACAGACGUCAUCAAUGUGGGAGACAUCUACCAGAAGACUCCUCUGCACUAUGCCGCUCAGUUUAACCAGGAGAAGAUGAUCAACUUCCUGGUAGACAAAGGUGCUGAGAUUGAGGCGUCUGACACGAGCUCCUACACUCCCCUCAUGACAGCUGCUAACAGCGGACAGGUACUGGCCCUCAAGACUCUUAGGCACAGAGGAGCGGCCAUUGAUGUCCUCGAUGCCAAUGGCAGGAGCUGUGUCUUCCUUGCUGCUCAAGCUAACCAUGUUCCUGUGCUCAGGGCUGUGAUGAGAGAUCGUACUGGAGCUAAGCUAGCCUUGACUCCAGACUCCAACUAUAGUACACCUCUGCACAUUGCAGCUUCCAAUGGGCACCUGGCCUCACUCAGAGUGCUCAUGGAGAAUUCACAGAAUGUCACCAAACUGGACUCCAUUAAUGAACUGGGUAGGACCUCUCUCCAUUUGGCUGCCUCCAAUGGACACGCACAUGUUGUCCGUGACAUCAUUGCCAAAAAACCAGACACUGUAUUAGACGAGGAUGAGGAUGGUAACACAGCACUCCACCUUGCUUGUAUCUAUGGCUAUCCCAACGUGGUCAAAGCCCUCAUCGGAGCCAAAGCUGACAUCGAGGCCAGGAAUGCAACUCUAUGGACCCCAAUGGAUUGUGCAGCUGCCAGAGGCCACCCUGCUGUGGUGAGUAUCCUUCUCAUGGCUGGAGCAGACGUGGAUCCCACGGACAAGCUCAAGGUCACGCCCCUCCAGCUGGCAGCACAGGAGGGCCAUCCCAUUGUAGUCAACGUCCUCUUAGAGAACAAUGCCAACGCUGGACAGACAGACCAGAACGGGUUCAAUGCUCUCGAUCACGCCAUACAAAAUGGUCACGAUGACAUUGCCCUGGCCAUUGUCAGGUCCAGCCAGUGGGUCCAGGCUCUGAGGAACACAACAGACUCUCCCUUUGGGGGGACCACCACUCCUCUCAGAAAACUCAUUAGGAAAAUGCCAGACGUGGCAGAGGAGGUGUUCAACAGGUGUACCUCCACCAACGCCAGCAAGGACGGCAAGGUACGGUCCGACUCACUCGAGUACUGCAUCACCUUCAACUAUGAGUUCCUCGAGGACUUCCGAGAAGCAGAGACAAGGACAGCCAAACUACGAAGAAACCUCAGGAAAACCUUUAGAAACGAUCUCAGUGACACUGGUAGUGAUGGUAUGAGCGAUGUCCCAGAGGCAAAGGUCAAAGGUCAAACCACUACUCUAAACAGGAACCUUGAAGAUUUUAGGUUGUUUGGACGAAAACGUGACAGCUCUAACAACUGGGGACCGGAGGGAUUCACCAAGUUCAACCAUCCUCUGUCUAUCAUGGUGCAAAGUGAGAGGACGGACCUGCUCACCCACCCCCUCGUGACCAGUCUCCUGGAGCACAAGUGGAGGAAGUUUGGACUGGGGUUCUACACCUUCAACCUCGUCACUUAUAUAAUCUUCCUCAUAGCUCUCACAUCCUUCGCUCUCCUCGUGCCCAACCCUCUGACGGAGAACUGUAUCCAGUGCUCCAACGCCACACUCAGAGAUGAGAGGGGCCUCACCUUCCAGACCAUUACAUUCAUAACUGGCCCUACAGUGACUAGCAAUCCAAAUCUGCUCAACUACAUAUAUGCUACUGGUAUCAUCACCAUCGUUAUUGCUAUCCUGUCACUGUUGAAGGAAGGCUACCAGGUCAUCCAGUUCAAGCUACGCUACAUAACCGUCUACAACAUGGUGGAGGUGGUGUUGUACAUCUCCGCCCUAGUGCUGGCCUUCGCCAUUGUCAGGGAGAGUGAGUGUUUGUGUCCUCACAGGAUACAGUACCAGUUUGGAGCUGUUGCAGUAUUCCUGGCCUGGAUUAACUUUGUACUCUACUUUAGGAAGCUGGCAUACACAGGAAUCUAUGUGAUCAUGUUUGAGAACAUUCUCAUCACAUUUGGCAAGACCAUCCUGCUGACUUCCCUGCUUGUGCUUGCCUUUGGUUUUGCCUUCUUUAUGGCCUUCUACAACCCUGAAGCUGACUCAUCAAGAGCCUCUUUCUCGACUCCCCUGAGGGCUCUCUUCAAGACGGCCACCAUGACAAUCGGAGAGUUGGAGUACGACAGCCUCUUCCGCCAAGAUCCCGGUGGUCUGAAGCCGGGGGAUGGGCUGCAGGAGGAGAUUGAGUUUGAGGCCCUAGCUCGUGUGCUCUGGCUCAUCUUCCUCAUAUUCAUGCCCAUUAUAUUGAUCAACUUACUGGUUGGUCUGGCUGUAGACGAUAUCAAAGGCAUCCAAGAGGCAGCUUCUCUCAAAAGACUAGAGCUGCAAGUUGAGCUAGUGCUGGACAUAGAGGAGAAACUCCCUCCAAUGCGUCGCUGGUUCCACAUUGGUGAGGCCGUGGCCCACCCCAAUCAGACCAACGUGGUCACUAAGUUCCUACAGAGUGAGAGUCAGCAGGUGGACAAGAUACAGAAUGCUCUCACCCCACACCUGGAGCCCAUUGAGCAGGUACAGCAUCAGACACGAACCCUGGUGACGGACAUGACCAAGAUGAGGGAGACACUGACCGACCUUGCUGAGAGGAACAUUGUUCUGGAGAGGAUUAUCAAACAAAUGGCCAAUCGACAAGGCAUCAACGCUGAUGAUAUGGAGAUAGAUCAGGACGGGGAUGAGGAAGAUGCCUCCAUCUCACAGAUAUAGACACUUGAAUACCACUUAGUACUGUUAGCUAUAGUAUAGAUAGUCUGUUUUGUUGUUGUAUGCAUAUACUAGCUAGCAUGUUUUUAUACUGUAGAAUACGUGUAUAGAAUUGCAAUAUGCACAUAGUUAUAACAUUGCCCCCAUUUUUUUAGACUAGUGUGUAUUUUGUUGUUCUAAUUACAAUUGCUAUGACGAGUAUAUAUCAAUAAAACA